CGAGCCUGACUCCCAGGGCUUAUCUGGUAUAUUAUCCGGGUUAUGCCUCCUUACCCUGCUCAGACAACCCGGUUCACCCCCUUCGACAGUCUAGGAUUCUGUACAUAUAACGACGACGGCACAUCAUGGUAGAUGCGGCUGCACAAGCGGUGAUCGAAGAGGAGAGACCUGCUGCUCCUAUGCGCACGGAGACAUUCCGGCAGACGCGCCCCGACAUUGUAGGCCCAGAUGCUCCAGAACUACCGUUCCCUAUCGUCCUCUCUGGCACGGUGCAGCAUGGCUUCGGUAGGGGAGGCAAAGAUCUGGGCUGUCCUACCGCGAACCUACCGGACGACUCAAUCACGCCCAUGAGUUCCGUGACCAAGACGGGGGUCUACUAUGGCUAUGCUCAGAUCUCGCCUGAGAGAGACGGGCAGAUCAUGCUCCCCGAGAAGGAUCGCGGUGUGAUGCCCAUGGUCAUGAGCCUAGGAUGGAAUCCAUUCUACAAGAAUGAGCGGAUGACGGCGGAAAUUCAUCUCAUGCAUGAUUUCGACGCCGACUUCUACGGCCACGAGAUGAAUGCGUUGGUCUUGGGUUACAUCCGCCCUGAGCUCGACUACACGUCUCGAGAGAGUCUCGUCGAGGAUAUCGAGACGGACAAGCAAGUGGCCCUGAAGUCGCUGUCGAGACCCGCGUACGAGAAGUUCAAGUCGGAUCUUAUUUUCGAUACCACGCAAUCCAAGCUCUGAGCCCAGAUGUCGGUCAAGAGGAACUACACGCACAGUGUAUUAGCUAUAUCCUUAUGACAGCUCAUUUAUAGACUGCCUGUAGCUUAGAAGAGAAGUAGAAAUCCACAUUGGAAACAAUUAGAGCAUCUCCCUAGGAGUAAAGCUUUGAAGCUUGAAGUCUAUAUUGCCAAGUCUAGCGGUAAGAGCAAGCAAGGGUGAG